UGCUUUAACUAGACCGUGUAGAGAGCAGGGUUCUGUAGGUUUAAAUGGUUCUGUUGGUUCUGAUGGUACUGAUUGGUUCUGGUAUUUCUGUUGGUUCUAAUUGGUUCUGGUAGUUCUGGUGGUUCUGAGUUAGAAGAAAUGGAGCUGCGCCUGGUUCUGAUCUCCUUACUGAUAGUGCUGCAGGUCCGGUUUGGCUGGUUCUCCUCAGUGAAGCAGAACCUUUGGUGUAUGAUGUUGGUAAUAUUCUAGAUGAGGAAGAUACAGAACCGGGAUCAGAACCAGAACCAGUCAGGAUCCUGGAGUUCUGUUUGACAUGUUUACCAGGAUCAAACAGGAAUCGUCAGUUAGAACCAGAACCAGAACCAUGUUGCUGUGGUUACAGAGCGGCUCUAUUAUGGGAUGUUUGAUCUCUUCCCCCAACAGAUGAAGGUCCAGUGGGAGUUCUGGACACUGCUUACAUCUUGACCUCCUGACCUUUCCCUCCCCCAUUAUGACACAGGUUUGCUGUUUCCUAACGCUGACUCAGCAGAAAAAAUGCUGAGUCAGCAGGAGAGCCGCUGAUUGGAUCAGAACCGAUCACUGAUGAGCCCAAAGAGAACUGGUGGGAACACGGUGUACUGGUUCUGACCCAUAAAUCAUCGGAACCGACCGAUCAGAACCGAAUCCAUUCUUUAAUGAACAACAGAUCCAACAGAACCGGCAGGAAGACUAAAGACAGAACUUUGCUUCUGUAACAUCAGCUCUGCUUGGUUUUUGUUUUCCUGCGGUCCCUGAACGCACCACAGCCUUCCCUCGUUAGGAGCGGAUGCGCUCUGAUUGGCGCAAAGCUGCUGACGUCAGACAGAGGGGGCAGGGCUAAAGGAGGAAAAAGCAGCUGUUGAUCAACUGGACUGAAACUGGAUCCGAGUUCCGAACCUGCGGCAGGACGUUCAGAACCGGCAACUGGUGCAGUGAUCCAGAGAACCCAGCAGAACCAGCAGCGGACCCAGAUUGGACCUGAAGGAUCCGAACGGUUCUGCAGAACUCCUGGCGAACGAAACCGGUCCAGUCAGGAUCAGUUAGCUUCUCACAGAUGGGGGGCCAGGUCUCGGUUCCGGACGGGGUCCACGUGGUAGUGGUAGGCGGCGGGUUCGGCGGCAUCGCGGCGGCGCAGCAGCUUCGUUCGGCCGGGUUCGGCUUCACCCUGCUGGACAUCCGGGACUCUUUCCACCACAACGUGGCGGCGCUGCGGGCCUCAGUCCAGCCCGGCUUCGCCCAGCGGACCUUCAUCCCCUAUGCAGAGACGUUCGGAACCAGCUUCCUGCAGGGUGGGGUGGAGCAAGUGGACCCGGAGCAGCAGCUGGUGGUUCUCCAGGGUGGCAGGGAGGUCCAGUACUCCCACCUGAUCCUGUGUACUGGUUCUGAUGGUCCGUUCCCGGGGAAGUUCAACACCAAGGCAUCGAUGCAGGACGGCGUGACGGCGUACGAGGACAUGGUGGGACAGAUCCAGGUGGCGGACUCGGUUCUGGUGGUCGGGGGCGGAGCUACAGGGGUGGAGAUGGCAGCUGAGAUCAAGACGGAGUAUCCAGACAAGAAGGUGGUUCUGAUCCACUCCAGGAUCGGGCUGGCUGACGAGCAACUGGUCCAGAGCGUCAGGCAGCAGGCCAAGGAGGUUCUACUGGAGAAGGGAGUGGAGCUGGUUCUGGGUCAGAAGGUGUCCAACUUGUCCGAGUUGCCGCUGAACCGGACCCAGAAGAACCUACAGGUCAAAACUGACAAGGGGGAAACUCUGGAGACGGAGCUGAUCAUCUGCUGCACCGGCAUCAGGGUCAACUCUGGAGCCUACGCCUCCAGCCUGGAGGGCAGCAUGGCUGCUGACGGGGCGCUGAAGGUCAACCAGUACCUGCAGGUCGAGGGGUUCUCCAACAUCUUCGCCGUUGGCGACUGCGCCGACCUGCGUGAGGCGAAGCUGGCGUACCACGCCGGGCUCCACGCCUACGUCGCCGUGUCCAACAUCAUCAGCAGCCUGAGCGGGAAGCCGCUGACGCCGUAUCGCACAGGUAACGUGUCCAUGCUGCUGGCGAUGGGCCGAGACGACGGCGUGGGCCAGUUCAACGGCAUCCGGCUGCCCCGCUGGCUGGUCGCCCUGGGGAAGAGCCGCGACCUGAUGCUGUGGAAGAGCUGGAGGGAGAUGCAGCAGAAGCAGCCCUGAUGGUUGCCGUGGAAACGCCCGAGGAUCACCCGCAUCACCUCGUGCCUAUUGCUCUGACCUCUGACCUUAAAGAUUAACAGCAUGAUAACAUGUUAGCAGCCGUUUCACUCAUGAUAAUCGUCCAAACUCUGAUGUUUUUCUCUUCUGCAUUAAUAACCUCUGAAUAUAAACAACUUUUUACUGAAUAAACUCAACAUGUAGAAAAUGG